AUGUCGCACGAUAACAGAUUGUGCUGCCGGUACAUUAGUGUGGAAGCUGAUAGAAGCGCGACAUCUGGCAACUAUCUGCCCGCAAGAGCAAUUAGGUGGGGAAAUUUUCAGUCGAUUUCAGUUCUAAAUUUUCACUAUUUUCAUAUUCAAUUCCUCUUCGACAACUUCUUCUUUGGAAAUCUUCUCCAUACCGCUAGAAUGUACAAAUUCUACUGGCUCCUUGAUGCAGCCGUCGUUGCUGCAAUCGGGUUCUACUUGGUUCUUGCCCCAUACACUAAGGUGGAAGAAUCGUUCAACUUACAGGCUGUCCACGACAUUCUUAACUAUGGGCCCCUCCCAUCCCAAACUAUCACAGACAACUACGACCAUAUCAAGUUCCCCGGUGUUGUUCCAAGAACGUUUGUAGGCAGCUUGAUUCUCGCUGCAAUUGUCAACUCCGUCAACUCGUUCUCCAGAAGUAUUUUAGCCGUAGACUUAUUGGCACCAGAGAAAUCACAAUCUAACUUGCAAUUGCUAGUGAGGGCCAUACUAGGUUUGGCUAAUGCCUUCGGUUUCUACAAAAUUAGAGAGAGCAUCAACAGAGUCACUAUUACAGACAAGAAGAGUAAAACAAAAGGUGUUAUUGGAUUCUGGUUCACAGUUUUGCUUUUGACCCAGUUCCAUAUUCUCUUCUACUCCACUCGUACAUUGCCUAACUUCAUAGCCUUGCCCUUUGUAUCCAUCGGAUUGAGUAGACUUAUCGAAGGUGAUAUUGUUGGAUAUGCAUGGUUAGCUUUCACGGGAAUUGUUUUCCGUUUGGAGGUGGGUCUUUUUGCUGUAAUCAUUGCCAUCGUUUCCUCUUUGGGUUUUGGCCAGUCCUCUAUCUUUGUUAAUGGUUUGCUGUUGUUUACCGGUACCAGCUUAGGAGGCUUGAUUUCUCUCGGAGUAGAUUCGCAUUUCUGGGGUCGUCUUGUAGUGCCUGAGAUCGAGUCUUUUGUAUUUAAUGUCGUAGAAGGAAAGGCUUCUGAGUGGGGUGUUGAGCCUUGGUCAGCCUACUUCGGUAAAUACCUCUUUCAGUUGUUCAGACCUCCUGUGAUACUUUUGUUGGUAUUGCCAGGAUUGUCCAGCGACCCAGCAGAUGACGGUGUCACUUUUGUAGACCAAGCUCAGAAGAAAAAGGUUGCCCACCCAGCGAGACACUCAUUGAGAAUUCUCUUUGUGUCUUCUGUCUUGUACAUCGCUGCUAUGUCAUUUCAACCUCAUAAAGAGUGGCGUUUCAUCAUCUAUACUAUCCCAAUAUUGACUUUGCAAGCUGCCAAUGGUCUCACCGGUAUCUCCAGAAAGUGGAGUUUGGGUCUUACCUCCAAGCUCUUGCUUUUGAUCAUCAUAGCCUUGUCUUUCCUUGCAUCCUUGUUAUCUCUCUUAUCUGGCUAUGUGUCACACUUCAACUACCCAGGCGGUGAAGCUUUGGCCUUUGUCAACGAAUACGUCCAGCCCUUGUCUUCAGAAGAGGUCUUUGUACAUUUGGAUGUGCCAGCCUGUAUGACCGGGGUGAGCAGGUUUGGUCAAAUACAUUCAGACUUAAUCACUUAUGACAAGACCGAGGAUGCAACAGAGUUGUCUGAGAUCUGGUCCCAAAUUGACAUUCUUGUCACGGGAGUCAGUCCGGCUGAAAUCGACAAGAAUUUUUGGGAACUCUUGCAUUCCACGAAAGCAUUCUAUAGCAUGUCAGUGCAGCCAAUCAUUCAAUUGCUUCAGAGACAGCAAACUGACAAGACUGCCGUCAGGAGCUUUGCAGUCACGGUUGGGAAGGAAGCCAUCCGUGGGGACUUCUCCACCAUCCACACGUUCGUGAGAUCAUUGUUGUUGACCACUGACUACAUUUUUGUCUACAAAAGAGUUCAACCAGAUCCAAAAUCCAGCAACAUUGAAGAAGUACCCAGCGCAAUUGAAGAUAUUGCCAAUGGUACGGGUACCAUUGCAGGAGUUUCUAGUGAAGCAAAUGAAGAACUUGCUAGUGAGCUGAUAGAAGUUAGCGAAGUCGAAGAACUAGAAGUUGUUGAGGAAAUAUUGGAACCUUCUUUAGAAAUCGUAGACCCAGAAAACACCAUUGAAACUGAGCAAGACUCAACGAUUGAAGAAGUAUCAGGUGCAUAG